ACAUGUAUACUUAGUUUGACUGCCAGGAGGUUAAGUGAGUGGGAAAGAAUGGAUGUGAUUAAAUUUACUCUUUUGGUGUUUCUUUAUCAGCAGUUGCUAUGUCAAGGAAACGUAUGGAGUGUUCCGGCACCUCAGCUGGACUAUCCCGCAGUUAACACUACCACCAAGGCGGCGCCUCAGGCGGACGAUCCCUCCGCUAACGCCACCACCACCAAGGCGGCGCCUCAGGCAGACGAUCCCGCAGCUAAUGCCACCACCACCAAGGCGGCGCCUCAGGCAGACGAUCCCGCAGCAAAUGCCACCACCACCAAGGCGGCGCCUCAGGCGGACGAUCCCGCAGCUAAUGCCACCACCACCAAGGCAGUGCCUCAGGCAGACGAUCCCGCAGCUAAUGCCGCCACCACCAAGGCGGCAUCUCAGGCGGACGAUCCCGCAGCUAACGCCACUACCACCAAGGCGGCAUCUCAGGCGGACGAUCCCGCAGCUAACGCCACUACCACCAAGGCGGCGCCUCAGGCAGACGAUACCGCAGCUAACGCCACUACCACCAAGGCGGCAUCUCAGGCGGACGAUCCCGCAGCUAACGCCACUACCACCAAGGCGGCGCCUCAGGCAGACGAUCCCACAGCUAAUGCCACUACCACCAAGGCGGCAUCUCAGGCGGACGAUCCCGCAGCUAACGCCACUACCACCAAGGCGGCGCCUCAGGCAGACGAUCCCGCAGCUAAUGCCACCACCAAGGCGGCGCCUCAGGCAGACGAUCCCGCAGCUAAUGCCACCACCACCAAGGCGGCGCCUCAGGCAGACGAUCCCGCAGCAAAUGCCACCACCACCAAGGCGGCGCCUCAGGCGGACGAUCCCGCAGCUAAUGCCACCACCACCAAGGCGGCACCUCAGGCAGACGAUCCCGCCGCUAAUGCCACCACCACCAAGGCAGUGCCUCAGGCAGACGAUCCCGCAGCUAAUGCCGCCACCACCAAGGCGGCAUCUCAGGCGGACGAUCCCGCAGCUAACGCCACUACCACCAAGGCGGCAUCUCAGGCGGACGAUCCCGCAGCUAACGCCACUACCACCAAGGCGGCGCCUCAGGCAGACGAUACCGCAGCUAACGCCACUACCACCAAGGCGGCAUCUCAGGCGGACGAUCCCGCAGCUAACGCCACUACCACCAAGGCGGCGCCUCAGGCAGACGAUCCCGCAGCUAAUGCCACUACCACCAAGGCGGCAUCUCAGGCGGACGAUCCCGCAGCUAACGCCACUACCACCGAGGCGGCGCCUCAGGCAGACGAUCCCGCAGCUAAUGCCACCACCAAGGCGGCGCCUCAGGCGGACGAUCCCACAGCUAAUGCCACCACCAAGGCGGCGCCUCAGGCGGACGAUCCCGCAGCUAAUGCCACCACCAAGGCGGCGCCUGAGGCGGACGAUCCCGCAGCUAAUGCCACCACCAAGGCGGCGCCUCAGGCGGACGAUCCCGCAGCUAAUGCCACCACCAAGGCGGCGCCUCAGGCGGACGAUCCCGCAGCUAAUGCCACCACCAAGGCGGCGCCUCAGGCGGACGAUCCCGCAGCUAAUGCCACUACCACCAAGGCGGCGCCCCAGGCGGACGAUCCCGCAGCUAACGCCACUACCACCAAGGCGGCAUCUCAGGCGGACAAUCCCGCAGCUAAUGCCACCACCACCAAGGCGGCGCCUCAGGCGGACGAUCCCUCCGCUAACGCCACCACCACCACCAAGGCGGCGCCUCAGGCGGACGAUCCCUCCGCUAACGCCACCACCACCAAGGCGGCGCCUCAGGCAGACGAUCCCGCAGCUAAUGCCACCACCAAGGCGGCGCCUCAGGCAGACGAUCCCGCAGCCAAUGCCACCACCACCAAGGCUGCGCCUCAGGCGGACGAUCCCUCCGCUAAUGCCACCACCACCAAGGCGGCGCCUCAGGCAGACGAUACCGCAGUUAACGCCACCACCACCACCAAGGCGGCGCCUCAGGCGGACGAUCCCUCCGCUAACGCCACCAAGGCAGCGCCUCAGGCGGACGAUCCCUCCGCUAACACCACCACCACCACCAAGGCGGCGCCUCAGGCGGACGAUCCCGCAGCUAAUGCCACCACCAAGGCAGUGCCUCAGGCGGACGAUCCCGCAGCUAAUGCCACCACCACCAAGGCUGCGCCUCAGGCGGACGAUCCCUCCGCUAAUGCCACCACCACCAAGGCGGCGCCUCAGGCGGACGAUCCCGCAGCUAAUGCCACCACCACCAAGGCGGCGCCUCAGGCGGACGAUCCCGCAGCUAAUGCCACCACCAAGGUGGCGCCUCAGGCAGACGAUCCUGCAGCUAAUGCCACCACCAAGGCAGUGCCUCAGGCGGACGAUCCCGCAGCUAAUGCCACCACCACCAAGGCUGCGCCUCAGGCGGACGAUCCCUCCGCUAAUGCCACCACCAAGGCGGCGCCUCAGGCGGACGAUGCCGCAGUUAACGCCACCACCACCACCAAGGCGGCGGCGCCUCAGGCGGACGAUCCCUCCGCUAACGCCACCACCACCACCACCAAGGCGGCGCCUCAGGCGGACGAUCCCUCCGCUAAUGCCACCACCACCAAGGCGGCGCCUCAGGCAGACGAUACCGCAGUUAACGCCACCACCACCACCAAGGCGGCGCCUCAGGCGGACGAUCCCUCCGCUAACGCCACCAAGGCAGCGCCUCAGGCGGACGAUCCCUCCGCUAACACCACCACCACCAAGGCGGCGCCUCAGGCGGACGAUCCCUCCGCUAACGCCACCACCACCAAGGCGGCGCCUCAGGCAGACGAUCCCGCAGCUAAUGCCACCACCAAGGCAGUGCCUCAGGCGGACGAUCCUGCAGCUAAUGCCACCACCACCAAGGCGGCGCCUCAGGCAGACGAUCCCGCAGCUAAUGCCACCACCACCAAGGCGGCGCCUCAGGCGGACGAUCCCGCAGCUAAUGCCACCACCAAGGUGGCGCCUCAGGCAGACGAUCCCGCAGCUAACGCCACUACCACCAAGGCGGCGCCUCAGGCAGACGAUCCCGCAGCUAAUGCCACUACCACCAAGGCGGCAUCUCAGGCGGACGAUCCCGCAGCUAACGCCACUACCACCGAGGCGGCGCCUCAGGCAGACGAUCCCGCAGCUAAUGCCACCACCAAGGCGGCGCCUCAGGCGGACGAUCCCACAGCUAAUGCCACCACCAAGGCGGCGCCUCAGGCGGACGAUCCCGCAGCUAAUGCCACCACCAAGGCGGCGCCUGAGGCGGACGAUCCCGCAGCUAAUGCCACCACCAAGGCGGCGCCUCAGGCGGACGAUCCCGCAGCUAAUGCCACCACCAAGGCGGCGCCUCAGGCGGACGAUCCCGCAGCUAAUGCCACCACCAAGGCGGCGCCUCAGGCGGACGAUCCCGCAGCUAAUGCCACUACCACCAAGGCGGCGCCCCAGGCGGACGAUCCCGCAGCUAACGCCACUACCACCAAGGCGGCAUCUCAGGCGGACAAUCCCGCAGCUAAUGCCACCACCAAGGCGGCGCCUCAGGCGGACGAUCCCGCAGCUAAUGCCACCACCACCAAGGCGGCGCCUCAGGCGGACGAUCCCUCCGCUAGCACCACUACCACCAAGACGGUGCCUCAGGCGGACGAUCCCUCCGCUAACACCACUACCACCAAGGCGGCGCCUCAGGCGGACGAUCCCGCAGCUAAUGCCACCACCACCAAGGCGGCGCCUCAGGCAGACGAUACCGCAGUUAACGCCACCACCACCAAGGCGGCGCCUCAGGCAGACGAUCCCGCAGCUAAUGCCACCACCACCAAGGCGGCGCCUCAGGCGGACGAUCCCGCAGCUAAUGCCACCACCAAGGCAGUGCCUCAGGCGGACGAUCCCGCAGCUAAUGCCACCACCACCAAGGCUGCGCCUCAGGCGGACGAUCCCUCCGCUAAUGCCACCACCACCAAGGCGGCGCCUCAGGCAGACGAUCCCGCAGCUAAUGCCACCACCACCAAGGCGGCACCUCAGGCGGACGAUCCCGCAGCUAAUGCCACCACCAAGGUGGCGCCUCAGGCAGACGAUCCUGCAGCUAAUGCCACCACCAAGGCAGUGCCUCAGGCGGACGAUCCCGCAGCUAAUGCCACCAACACCAAGGCUGCGCCUCAGGCGGACGAUCCCUCCGCUAAUGCCACCACCAAGGCGGCGCCUCAGGCGGACGAUGCCGCAGUUAACGCCACCACCACCACCAAGGCGGCGGCGCCUCAGGCGGACGAUCCCUCCGCUAACGCCACCACCACCACCAAGGCGGCGCCUCAGGCGGACGAUCCCUCCGCUAACGCCACCACCACCAAGGCGGCGCCUCAGGCAGACGAUCCCGCAGCCAAUGCCACCACCACCAAGGCGGCGCCUCAGGCGGACGAUCCCUCCGCUAACACCACCACCACCAAGGCGGCGCCUCAGGCGGACGAUCCCUCCGCUAACGCCACCACCACCAAGGCGGCGCCUCAGGCAGACGAUCCCGCAGCUAAUGCCACCACCAAGGCAGUGCCUCAGGCGGACGAUCCCGCAGCUAAUGCCACCACCAAGGCGGCGCCUCAGGCAGAUGAUCCCGCAGCUAACACCACCACUAAGGCAGUUAACACCACGAGCCGGCUUCAAACGUUAUCUUGAGUACUGUUGAAUUGGUUCCAGGGGCUGUCUAGUUGCACUUUGUCACAUGUUUUACUAACCAAAUAAAGCUUUUAAGUGUCCCUUCAAA